UUUCUGCAUUAUACUAAUGUAAGAAGUCAUAUUAACUAAUGAUGCAAAAUCAAAAAUACUCCAUGAUUAUUUAUCUUAAACAUAUAUUCGCUAACUGAGUGAUCAUCUUUUUAAAACUGAUGAAUAUUUAAAAUAAGAAGCUUAAGAUUUCGAAAAGUAAGUUUCUAAGCUAUUUUAGGAUUAUUAAUGAAAGUGAUUUCUUAACAGAAAAUUUAGUUGAAAAAAAGACCACAAUUAGUAAAACUGUUAAAUAACUUAUUGAUAAAAUAUAAUCUGAGGAAGUAAAUUUAUAUAUUUAUAUAAAGGAUAAACUCAAAAAAAGUGAAACCUAUAAAAAAGGUAAGAAAGAUGAAUUAGCUGCUAUUUAAAAAGCUAUUGAUUCUAUUUCAAGUGCUAUGAAAGAAACUUGUUCUAAAGUAAUUAAUAUAAUAGAUAAAUUAAGAUUGAUUCUAAGGAACUAAAUAAGAUUGGACAAUUGCCAUAAGGAAUGGAUUAAUUUAUGUCUAAAUUAUUUCAUAUCAUUUAUAAUGAAGAUCAAAGCAAAUUUAAUUGGGUUGAUUUCAAAAAGAAAGUGUAUUUAUUAUUCAUUAAUUAUCUUUAGUUUUGAUUAAGAUAAAGGUGCUGAUUUUUAAAGUAGAUUAGCCAAUUUUUAAUUUAAGUAAGUAAGUUAAGAAAAGGAAAACUUAUUAUUAGAAAUGAAGGCUGAUCCAUAAUUCUAAAAAGUGUUUUAAGAUCCUUAAUAUACAAAAGCAUUUUUAGACAUAGCUGAUUGGGUAUAUAUAUAUAGAUUUUAUAAAAAGAUUCACUUUGCUGUAUCAGGAAUUGAAAACUAAAGAAAAAAGGAUUAAUCAGCAGUAGAAUUUGAAAGAAUUGAUAAAGAAUUUGCAGGAAGAAAAUUAGAAUUAGAAAGUUAUUAAAGAACUCAUGUAUAAUAAAAUAUCAUUUAAAUAGGAUUUUUGGCUUUCUUAAUUGAAAUAUAUAGAAGAUUAAUAAGUUUUAUUGCACCAAUUAUAACCAAAUAUUAAACAAGUCGCUUAUGAUAUUUAAGGUAGCAAAAAUCUAUUAGAAUAACAUAUUGUUAAAUUCAUCUAAGGAGCUGAAUAAGUGAAUGAAUUGAUGAUUCCAAAUAUUUGACAAUAUAAUAAAAAUAUACAUUUAGAAG